AUGUAGAUUACUCAUAAAGCAGACUGUACAAAUGCUAUCUCUUGCAUAGUGUCACUAAAAUAUGUUGAUGAAGUCUAUUUAAGUUGCAAUGGAGCUAUAAACUGUGACAUAACCGUAGAUUAAGUUACAAAUCUAAAUAUAGAUUUUAUUGGCUCUACUGCUUAAACAUUGACUUGCUAGGACAUAACUUCCUUUUCUCUCAGCUAUACAGGAUUAAUAUACGCCUAUAAUAUUUAUGGUUUCACAAUUCCUAGUUUUUGCCAAUCUGAGCUUACCCAAGAAGUUUUAGAUGAAGAUGGAACAGUAAUAACUGAUGCAACAUACUCUAUGAAUACAGACAAUACUGUGAAUACGGCAAUGACUUUGACUUUACAAAGUGUAAGCGUGGACUCAAGCUAAUUCUAACUAUUUCCAAUGGUAUCUGUUAGAGAUAUAACCACUAUCUUUUCCUAUAGCUCUUAGGUAUCAUUGGUAUAUGGUUUGCCUCAAUAUUUAUCGACUUAUUAUGAUAGACUAACUAAUGCAAGAGCAGUAUUAGCAUUAAAGAGAACUUAUACUUUCAAGAAAAUAUAUUAUAUCACACCUACCAGAUAUACCUAAAUUUACUAAAACUUUUAUGAUUAUCAACCAGAAGAUUUAAUUGCUAAUUAUUAUACCAGUCCUAGAGUUCAAGUCCUUAGUCCUCCACCAAAUAUUGAUAUCUCUGCAGCAGGAAAUAUGUAGCCUAUAAUAAGCAAUACGUAUUCUUUUAACUAUACUCUAAAUAAUAAUACUUGUUCGCCUGCAUAUUCAGGCUCUGAGUUUCUCAAGUUGUAUCCUACAUCAGCAAAUAUCUACAAAUAAAAAUAUAGAGAGAGGUGCGAGUAUUUAACUGGUCCAUCAUGGAAUCACGUAGCUCUAUACAAUAAAAAUAAUAUAUUCACAAUGUGUGUAAAUAGCUACUGCGACUCAUAAGUUGACAUGUCAGGGACAAAUAUUUAAUAAGAAAUAAGAUUUUUCUAUAAUUUUAAAGAUUAAAACUCAGUUCCUAGAGCAAGAAGAGCAGACUCAAGUAAACUUGUCUAAUAUUUAGCAUUCAAUGAACCGGCUUAAUAUACUUUGCAUUUAUGGAUUAAAGCGUAGAUAAUAGUAGGGAGUACAGAUUCUUUCUAUGUGCUAGAUGGAUCAGCAAUUAAAGUAACAUUUGUAACAGCUGCAACAACUGCUACUCUAAAAACUCUAGUUUUGGGUUAAACUAUUGAAACUGCAUCCGUAAUCCAUUCAUAAUCUAACUAAUGGCUGCUUUACAGUCUUGUGGGUUUAAAGAACAGCACUCAUAGAUGUUUCACAAUGCACCUGUCUAACUAUAAAGAUUACGGAAACUACACUGUAGACUGUGAAAAUCCUAUAUCUAAUCAAUGGGUAUUCAAUGCAACUCUAUAUAUUGGUCAUUCUUCAGGGUCAAAAACUGCUUCAUACCUAAGCAUAAAAAAUCUGUUCUUUGUUAAUUAUCCAUUCAAUAGGUAGGAGCAUAUGAUGACUUCUCAUAGCGAGUAACUCAUUAAAAAGAUAGCUUUAUUCCAUUAUUCUCUUAAUAAUGGAAAGUCUUCAUACAUUAGUGAUUCUUUAGCUCCUUAGGGUUCAAAUAUUGCUAUCACCUAUUCAACUUAGGUUAAUAAUGUAUCGGGAUUCAUAUUUGAAAGGGAUCAACUCGUGCCAAAGUAUUGUCCUGAAGAGGGAACAUAAUUAUAUGAUUUUUCAUCAAAUACCUGUGGACCUAAGAAAGUUAUCUAUUGGAAUAACCAAAAAUCUUAUUCUUAGAAAGCAAGUAUCUUUUCUAACAUUAGCAAUGGAGGAGUAUUACCUCAUGCUUAAACAAUAAACUUAGGAGCUUACACUUAGACUUAAUCAUCUGAUAUAAGAGUUAAUGGAGAUUUUUACGGGUAAAGUUAUGAAGUAACUGGACUAGGGAGCAAAUUAAUAUCUGGAUGGGUAUUAAUUACUUUCUAAAGAAAAUACACGGCUUCACCCUCAAAAUUAAUAGGAUAUAUUUAUGCAGGCAAUGCAGCAUCAGCAACUGUGGAAAAAUCAGCGUCGGCAACUAGUCACACAUUUUCUAAUUUAAUGAUAUUAGGAUAGAAAGUUGAAUAUUCGACUACGUAUCAAUUAAUGGGGAGAUUAGCUCACUUCAGAGUAUACAGAUACGCUAUUGAAGAUGUUUAUGCGAUUAACUUCAAUAAAUACUUUGAUCUGUAAUACAGUCUUAACUAGUAUCGCUAUUGGACUUUUGAGAUUCAAAACUAAAAAAAUAGAUACUAUGAAAUCAUUGAUCCCUACAAUAUUAUGAAAGAUUCUACAGUUGACUACGGGAAUACAGAGACAUAGUAAUCAACAGCAUCACUUCUUAAUUACUAGAAAUACUUGGAUGAUUAUGAUUUGGUUUAUUCUGCUGUCACUUUAAAUGGAAAUUCAAUUAAUUCUUACUAGCUCAAUACUUAAUAUUUUGAUUGGACUUUAGAAUUUAUGUAUUAAGCCUCUGCUGAUUCAGAGAAGUCUAGCUUCUUAUCUAUUAGCAAUUUUAUCGAUGUGGGAUUAAUUAAAGACAAUGAUAAGAGCUCUAUUACUAAAAUCUAUUAUAAAAUUUAGAUUACAUAUCAUGGGCUGAAACUUGAUAGCUCUACCUAUUUUAGGUACAUUAAACUCUGGAAUGUUUACAUCAAGCCUUAUCCAGCUUAACAGUUAUUGUUUAAACUAUCAAACUUCUAAAAUUUAAAAUCAAAGCUGCUAAUAUACUACAACAUCAAUAAUAACGAGUAUUUUUACCCACAUCGUUUUAUUUUCUAUGACCAAAGACUACAUAAAGCUGAUGAUACCAUAAAUACUGUGGAUUCAAGCUCAUCUUCAACUUCCCCCACAUAGUUACUGAAUUCUAACAUUUGCUAAGCCAAUUAUACUUACUCAUCAUCAGGAUGCUAUCAAAGAGUAUAUCUACCCUUAGGAUUAAACUAUGCUAAUUAAAUUAAAAUGCCGUUGCCAAAAGCAGGGGGAUUUACUGGCUUAUCAGGGUAAAGUGAUUUUACAAUAUCCUUUUGGUCUUUAUUAAAAGAAAAGUAUCCAGGUGGAACAUUAAUUUAAUUUGAUUUCAAUAGCGUAAUUUAAAUCAGAGAAUAAGUCAGCGGUUCUGAUUAUUAAAUUAAAAUUACUACAAGUUCAGGAUUAACUCAGAAUCUUGUGACAAGAUCUAAUUUAGAUUUAGCCAUCACUCACUAUACUGACUGGCACUUUUUCCAUUUUAUUUAUGACUAAUCAACAAGCAAGUUCAAAAUAUAUAUUGACAAUAUCUAUUAUUAAGAAUUUUCCAGAAGUGUAGAUCUCACAGUAUCCACAGGCUAUAGUAUUACUCUAUGUCCCAAAUAAUAUGAUCAAAGCCUUCCAGACUGCAAUACAAUUAUAGCAUAUCUAAAAGUAUAUAAAUCCAAAAGCAUUUCAUUCAAUAAUCAAUGCGACUACAGACUACUCUUGAAUGAUUUCUAACCAAAUAUUCUUUCAUACUGGCCUCUUACUUAUUUAUUAUCAGAUUUAUCCUCAGACGUUCUAUAUGAUGAAGGCCUCUACAAUGGACUUUUUACUAGUUUAAAGCAACAAUCUAGAACAUCCAAUUCUCUAUGGAUGACUAUAAAUGAAAUACAUCCAGAGGGGGGAGAAGAUAUUGCUAUUUGCAGUAAGGGUUAACAAUUCUCUCGAAUUUUGGGUAAAGGAGAAGAUUCAAGUGCUCUGCAGCAGAUGAGAUUCAAGAGAAGCAAUUAGAAUGUCGCUGUAGAUGUUACAUCUCUCACUAAUCAAAUGAAUGACUGGUCUCUUGAAUUCUGGUUUAAGUUUCAAUCUGAGGAUUUCUACCCUUACAACUAUCCAGACAAUAUUUUUAUUGCAGGACACGACAGCUGUACCAGUGGUGUCAUUUUUACUCUGAAUCUUUAAUUAUUGACUGAUAAAUACGAGCAAAUUAGAUAUCCAAUUAUUUAAGUUACAGAUCUGACUAAUUCUCUUUCAAAGGAAUUCAAGAAUUAGAAUUAAGAAUUGAAAGAUAGCUUUUGGUAUCACUUCGGUAUAACUCAUGAUUACCUCAAAUCCUAGAUAUUCACACUACUAGCAUUUUAGCAAGUUUCAACAGACUUUAGUGGAGGUUCUACUGGCUUUGAUAAAUUAGCUAGUUGCAAUCUUUAACUAGGAGAUAAGAAUGGUCAAUCCUCUACAUCUUACCUAGAUAUAAUGAUUUUUAUAAGAGAACUCAGAUCUUGGAACGUGGCUAGAACUAAAGGCGAACUACUUUAUUAUUCAAACUAGCCUCUAUUCAAAGGAACACCACAUUUAAUCUCUUACAUUAAAUUUACAGAAACAGAUUUGUAAGUUUUUGACUUGGUUAAGAGUUUAUGGUCAUAUGAUAAUACUGCAUAGUAUUCUCUAUCAGAUACUAUUGUUAAAAUCUAAACUGAUGGCUCUGAUUACUUUAUGAAUGGAUGUUCUCCAGGAUAGACUAUUGGAACCUUGAAUUCAAUCUAUGGAUGUAAUCCUUAUACUUCCUAUCUUUAUGGAGACAAAGCCGACAGUACUGCUUAAAUAAAGAUGGAAAUGAACAGUAAACUUAAGAAAAGCAUCAAGCAAAAUGACAUUCAAAUAACAAUCGCAAUUAGCCUUAAAGCCUUAUAAGACAGUGAAAAAUUCACAAUAUUCGAUUUAGCUGGAUAUUUCCAGCUCUAUAAGUAUUAUAGCGCAUACUACUUCUCAAUUUAAUUAUCAGGGGGAGCAAAAGAAGUAUCUCUUAGUGGUCCUUAUUACUCUACUUCAGACGGAACAAAAUAUAAUUAAAUGUUUAUUUAGAUAGAUACAGAACAAUAAUUAAUCACAUUGAUUGAGCAUAAACUUACAACUAUGACCUAGAUUAUAGUGGGCACUAAAAUUUAGCUAAAGUCUUAUAAUCAAGUGAAAUAUUCUGAUUAUAUCACAGUUGGAGAUACAACAGAUUCAACUUUAAACAAGGAAGCUAUAAGCAAUAUUGUGAUCUUCAAUAAAAUCUUGACAAAAAAUGAAUUAGAUAUGAUAGCAAGAGUAGGAAUCAAAUCUUUUUCUGGACUAGACUAAUCAAUCCUAUAUUAAUUCUUGCCGAAUUCAAAUGAUAAUAUUUAUGAUAGGAUAGAAGCAAGUUCUUUAUUUGCGAUUUAAUCAUAGGCUUAUCCAGGUUGGACGAAAUAAUCAGUUCAUGGGUUUAUGACUCAAGCAUAUGAUACAAGAAUGACUUAGAUAUGUCCAGUAGGAUAUAGACUACACUUUAACUAUGAAACCACAAGCAAUUUAUACACUUACUGUGUUGAAAAAGCAACUUUAUUUUUGCAAGGAACAAAUCCUCUAACUUUAAGUACAACUUCCCUUAAAGAGAAUAUUAGAUACGCGAUGACUAUAAGUGAAAGGUUCAAGGUAUAUGAUUUGAACUCAAAUGAUGGGGCUAAAAUACAAUUAUUUCUAUGGUAAUCUGCAUUAGAACUUAACUUAAAUACCACUCAUUUAGAAUUACAAUUGUACAAUGUAACUGAUAAAAAGUAGUCUAAGCAAAAUUUUACAACAGUUCAAACAACAGCGGGGGUUGAUAACAAGUGGCAUCACAUAGUUUUAACCUUAUUUAAAAUGAAAUGGUAUUUAUAUCUAGAUUAUGCUCUUGUUUUAACAUUGAAUGAUACCUAUUAUUAGUAUAACGUUACUAAUUAAGAUGCUGAUACAUUUAACAUAGAGUUAUUAUAGACAUAGAGUAUAACGCGUUUGGCUAUAUAAGAUAUAAUGAUUUUUGGGAUGCCUAUUAGUGGAAUAGAGCUUUUGCCCAAGUAAUAUUCUGGAUUAUUUAAUACAAAAUUAUAUAAUGGAGUUAUGAUAAAUUACUAUAAUUUUGAUGAAACGUUUUUGAACUUCUUUAGUGAUAAGUCUUAUUAUUCUAAAUAAACAAAUAUUUUAGCAUCACAAAUUGGAAUCAAUAAAGAUGAUUAGUUAUUUUGGGGUUAUGAAUAUGAAAAUAAUAAGUACUAUCGAUCUUAAGAUAUAAGUUUAGUUACAUCAAGCGAAGGAUAUGAUGUGGUUUACGCAAAAGAUAGAACAAUAGUUUUAAAUAAUAAGCCAUUAACGCUAUCAACAACAACCAAAUUUGAUAGUGAGUUUUCAAUUGAACUUUGCUUCUAUAUAACAAAAGAUUAAGUUGCUUUAGCAGAGUUGAUAGGAAUAUAUUAAGGGGCUUCCUCUUUUACUACAAUAUAUUUUAAUUCAGAUGGAAAAAAUCUAACUUUCAAUCCGAACCAAAAUGUUAAUGCAACAAAUAAUACAUAUAAUAUUUUAAUUGGGUACUAAAACUAAUGGGAAUGCAUUACAGCUGCUUCCUCCUACUUUUUAGGAAAUGCCUUCUUUGCUAAUUUCUUGAGAAUACCUGACGAUCAGUAGAAUUAUUACAUGCAAUUUUAAGAAUCAAUAUAAACAAAGUUUCCAACCACACCCUUGCCAAAUAUAGCAAGAUCGGUGAUAAUUGGAAGCAAAAAUUUUAUAGGUUCUAUUAGAGAAGUGAGAAUAUGGUCGAUGUAUUAACAUCCUGGACUAAUGAGGAGAUUUUACAGAUCAUUACCUUUAUUUUUCCAUAAUGAAAAUCUAACUCUUUAUUAUCCUAUGAAUGAAGGGAUGGGAGAUACUCUCUAUGACUUGGUUAAAUUAUAAAGUGCAAAAAUAUCACUAAGCUUGACUCCUUGGGUAAAAUACCAAGUAUACAACGAAUUUUUCGAAGUGUGUGAAGCUGAAAGGAUAUAUUCAGAAAAUGGAUACUGCUUUCAUUAGGAUAAGUUCUUAUAAUUAGGAUUUGAUUCAAAAAUUAAGUUCACUAUUACUAAUUCCACUAAGGAUAAAUAUGCACUUAUGACUCAUGCAACAAUCUUUAUGUGGUUAAAUAUUCGUCAUAUUAAUACAAACACUUAAGCUUCUCUUGAUUUAUUCAAGCUAACUAUUCAAGAUAGAUUCACUGUGACUCUUGACUAAAAUAGACUUUUAACACUUAAUACAAAUUUAGAAAAAAGUAUAAUGAGUAAUCUUAAUCCAACAGGCAUAAUCAAUUAGUGGGGAUUUUUAUAAAUUGGUUGUAGUUAGUUUGUAGGAUCAUGUGAAAUUCAUUGGGGAUCUUUAAAGAAUAAUCCUACAUCUAUUUCCUUGGACUCUGGAACAAAAAAUGAGGCUGUUUACACAAACGAACUUAAUUUUUGGAAAAACAUAUCAUCUUGCUAGAUUUAAUUCGUACCCACAACAGAAACAACUAUUUAUUCAAUAUACAUAAAGGAGUUCUAAAUAUACAAUGUGCUUCUUCCUUAUUAAUCCUAUCGAUUGAAACUUUCUUUAGCAGUAAAAACUAAAUAAGCACCAGCUCUUAUUAUGCAUCUUAAAAUGGAUGAAAUGAGUGGCAAAAGACUCUACAAUCAUGUCUUUAAUUAAUCAGUGUCCUUUACUUACAUAUAUGUAGAAGAUGCAAGCUGGGUUUAUUUCAAAUAAACAGUUGAUGAGGACAAUGAUCAGAAUACUAAUAGAAUAAACUAUUUUUAUUGUAACAAGGAAAAUUAUACAAUGUUUGGUGAUCAUUGCGAAUAUUUUUAAUGCAGUUCUUAAUGCUAUAAAGAUUAAUUUAUUGGCCAUUGCAACGGAUGGAAUGAAACUGACUGUGCAUAUCUAAAUACUAAUGGAAAUGGGAUAGUUUAUGAUCCAGUAUACAAUGAUUAUCUUGCUUGCUAUAGAUAUUGCAAAUCUUGUGAUGUGCCUUAUCUUAAUACAAGAUGCCCAACUUGUAUUGAUUCAACAUUUCAAUACGUAGAUUAUUAAAAAGGCAAAAAUUUAUAUGCAGUAAGCAAUUUCAGUUGCUGGGAUUAUUGUCCUACUUCAACAUAUCCAAACCGUGAUACUUAUAAAUGCAUUGACUGCCCAGAAUACUGUGUAUGUGAUGAAAACUCACCCACAAAAUGUCUAUCUUGUAUGAACAGCACAUUCAUUUGGGAUAAACAGAGAAAUAUUUGCUUGCUUGAAUGUCCCCUAAAAACGUUGUAUAACAAACUAACUUAGACAUGCCAAGAUUGUAGCUAUUUCUGCUAAACUUGCAAGGGAUUUACAGAAUACGAUUGUACAAGCUGCAUUGAUGGAAGAAGUAUGUUCACUCUUGCUUCUAAUAAUAAGACUGUAUGUGUUGAUCGAUCCUGUAAUGAUGGAUAUUAUUUUUCAGAUUCCUUAGCAUCUUGCGAGGCUUGCAGCAAAGCUUGUGAAACUUGCAAUGGGCCAGAUACAGAGGGUAAAAAAUAAUCAUAUAAUUUUAAAAUAGAUUGCAUAACUUGUGGGAAUGAGUACGAAAAAUUCAACGGUUUAUGCUAAGACUGCAUUACAAUUUCAUAGCAAGAUGAAAAGUUUGCAGCUACUUUCAACAAGAAAAAAGAGAGAUGCAGCGAAGUAUGUGGUGAUGGUUUUAAUAUGGGAAUCGAUAGUUGUGAUGACGGCAACAUUUUUCCUGGGGAUGGCUGCGGAUCCGAUUGCUAAAUUGAAAAGGAUUUUGUAUGUGAAUUUGGUAGUUUCACUUCAGCAGAUCCAUCAAAUACAGUUAUUGGAAGUGGAUACAUAGAUGUUAGAUUUGCAGAGUUAGUUUCCUUUAACCAGUCAUAUUAAAAUAGCUUUAAAGAUAAAAUUGUUGUGAAAGUUAAAGGUCCAGAUGAACCAUAUACUUAUACAAUCUAAUUAGAAAUAAUGAAUGAAAAGGAUCCAUAGUUUUAAUUUAUUAGGAUAAAAUUCAAUGCAGAUUUCGACAAUUUAAACAAUAAAAUUGUAAGUUUCGACCUUAGUUUAAAUUUUAAUAAAUAGUAUUUUGAUAUCAAUAUCUUGGUGGGUGAUAUGUUCCUAACUAAAAAUAAAGUUGGAGUUUAAAGUGGAAAUAAAUAGGUCUUUGCUCCCCUAAUAAAAAGAGCUAAUAAUGCAGCAAAGUCAAUAGGAACAGUUAUGGCUGGCUUCUAAAAUGUCAUGAUUAUAUUUCUCAUAACUAAUCUAGCUCUAUCAGUGAUAUUGUAAUUUUUAAUGAACUUAUUUUUUAGGGCAUAAGUUUGCUUUUAAUUGUUGGCUUUUGCUACAGCAGACUUUUUUUCAUUCAUUCCUUAAUAUCUAGAUCUCUUCAUAAAUUUAGAUAAUCUAGAUGAUUAUUAACCAAACGAAAGGUAUUCCAACUUAAACUUUGAGGGAGUAUAUCUUGUAACAAACUAUUAUUAGAAAUUCCAAGUUUUUAUCAUAAUGUUCACUCUAUAUCCAAUAUUUUGGCUUGGUUCAAGGAUUAAGCAUAAUAUUAUUUCCAAGCCAUUCAAGUAUUGCUAUGAAACAAUGAGCUAUAACUUUCCAAUACAAUUCUUUACAGAAAUGUAUCUUGAACUUGCUGUUACAAUUUGGAUAAAUAUUUACAAUGGUUUAUACUUGAAUAACAUUGAUCAAAGAAUAGCUAAUGGAAUAGCAAUAGUUGUAUUUAUGAUUGUUACUUUCUAUCCUGUAUGGGUAUAUUCAGUUAUCAUGAAUAGAUUCAAUGUCCUUGGUUCUCAUACUUUUCAUUCUAAAUUUGGAGCUCUUGUUGAAAGCAUAUAAUACAAACUUAACUCUACUCUAAAUUAAAUGUGGGCUCCUCUAUUUCUCUUCAGAAGAUACACAUAUUCAGCAAUCUUAAUUGUCUUAUAAACUUGGGCUCUAAUUUGUGUGGUAUCUAUUGAUGUUGUGACAAAUCUAUGCUUUGUCGUUAUAGACUUGUAUAAGAAAUUUAAGAAGCUCUUUAAGUCAUUAAUUCUGAAAUUCAAAAUAUAUAGAAGAAAGAAAUAAGGAAUGCCAUUUGAUGAUUUGACAAGUUAAUUUAAAGGAAAAUAAAAAGAUGAAAGUGAACACAAUAAUCUAAUUAAAAAUAAGAACAAAUAAAUGGAUUUUUCAAUGAUACAUUAAGCAACUCUAAAUAAUUUGAUGAAUGAUAAUAGUUCAUAACUUAAUGAAUCCAUUGGAAGAUACAAAAGUCCAUUUUCAACUAAAAAAGAACCUAUUUUAGUAUAAUUAGAUAAUCCUAAAAAGAAGAAACUGUAUAACUAACCUCCAAAAAAUUUUGUAUCAGCUAAUAAAAUGCCUGAAGAAAAUUUUAAAACUAUUCAAGGCGAGAGAUAAAAUUCAGAGAUAUCUAUGAACGAUAUACCAAGAAAUUAAUCAAGGAAAGGAUCUGAUCUCGCUGAUGAAGGUUUAAAAAGAAGCUUAUCAAAAUAAUCUAAUUAGGAAAUUAUACAGGAAAUAAUGAGAUUAGAUUAAAUGGAAUUAGGAACAGCAGAAUUUAGGGUAAUUUAACCUGAAGACUUUUUACACCAUCUACCUAAUAAUGCAGAAAAUAAACUCAUAGAAAAACCAGCGAAAAAACAAAAGAUUCAAGUAAAUGAAUUCGACAUUAGUAGUUUCUCAGCAUCUCCAAAUUUUGAUAGGAACUAAAAUCAGAUUAAUGUCUAUACUCUUGGCUUAAAAUAAGAACAGUAGGAAGAGCCAAUAAAAUAGAGGAAUAAGAAGAAUAGUAAGAAGUAAAAGAAAUUGAAAAAAAAUUUACCUAAGAUUGAAAUAGGAAGCUUUGAUUAGAAUUAGGAUACUUCAGAAAUUCCAAAUAACACUCAGAUUGAAGAUCAAGAUGAAGAAGAUUAGAUUGCACUUGACAGGUUUUUGCAGUAAGAUUAUAGGCUUGAUGUAAAAUCUAUGAUGGAAGGUGAAGAAACCAAGUUCAAUGAUACGGUAUCUCACAGUCUUAACCAAACAGGCUAAGGUUUGCUCAAUGAUUUGAGCCGAUACAAUUCUCUAAGCAAUAGUCCUUUAAAGCAUACACAGCAAGAUAGGCAAUCCCCUUCAUUUGUUAAUGAGUAGUUUUUUGUGGACUCAAGAGUACCUGAAAGCGUUAAUGUUAAUGCUUAAUUGAAAUAAAGCCAAGAUAUGAAUAUCUAAUAGGAUGAAGCCCCGGUAUCUGAGUAAUCACUGUAAAAACCUACAAAUAUUUUACUAAAAAGAAGAAUGCAUUAAACUAUUCAAAAUAGAGAAAAAUAAUUAGAUGCAGUUAGUAGAGACUAAUAAGAACAAGCAGAAUCCAAGUCAAAAACAUUCAUGAAGAGUAAACCAAAGAAAAAGAAGAAAAAGCAUCAUAAGAGAGAAAACCAUGAUAAUGAAGGUGAAGAUGAAGAUGAUGACCAGGAUCCUUUCAAAGCCUUUGAGCCUAAGUUUAAAGGAUUUGGCAGGCAAGAAUGA